AUGGAGGUGUUGGUGGAGUACGACUACGAGGCUCUACACGAGGAUGAGUUGACCCUGCGACCCGGUGACCUCAUCAAAAAUGUCCGCUGUAUCGAGGAGGACGGCUGGAUGGAGGGAGAGCUCAAUGGCAGACGGGGGCUGUUUCCGGACAACUUUGUCAAGGAAGUAAAAAAGGAUUCCAAAGAAACCAAGGAGACAAAAAAUGAGCCCAAAAAUGAGCCCAAAAACGAGCCCAAAGAGGACCCCCCAGCUCAGCUCCGAGACAAGUCGGCCAACGUGAAGAAAAUUAUCAAUCGGAUGAGCGGUAUCGGCAUUCCUCUGGCAGGUUUCCCGCCGCAUCCCCCUGGCGCUCCUAAGAAGCCCAAGAGACGACUUUGCAAGGUGCUGUUCGACUACCAGCCGCAGAAUGAAGAUGAACUGGAGCUGAAGGUGGGGGACCUGAUCGACGUCACAGAGGAGGUGGAAGAGGGCUGGUGGAGUGGCACAUUCAAUGGGAAGUCUGGACUCUUCCCAUCAAACUUUGUCAAAGAGCUGGAUUCCACCGCAGAAGAUGGCGAGUCCAGUGAAGCCACACCAGAGGAGGGGGUUAUGAAAGACGAUACUUCUGCCACGGAAAAUGCCGGCACCCCUACCUCACCUCAAGGAAGCUUAGGGAAUGGAGUGGUCCGGGCGCCCAGUAAGGGAUUUGGCUUCGGAGACAUCUUUGCAGUACCCCAAAUGAAAUUAAAACAUGUCCCAGUACCAUCAGAAAAGCCUGCUCAUCCCAACCAUCCCACCCCCACUCCCACAGACGCACCCAAGGGAGAUGCAGAAAGCAGGGGGUCCUUGAAACGAAACGCAAAAGAAUACUGCAAAGUAACAUUUGCAUUUGAGGCCUCAAAUGAAGACGAGCUGAUGCUAAAGGAGGGUGACAUCAUUCACAUUCUUAGUAAGGACACAGGGGAGCACGGCUGGUGGAGAGGCGAGGUUGGAGGGAGAGAAGGAGUGUUCCCAGACAACUUCGUGACCAUGAUUAAUGAGACUGACAAAAAUGCUGGAGCGUCGAGGGGAUCAUGUAAGACUUCUCUGAGGGCGAACCAUGAAGAGAAACCAAGAAAACCACUGCCGCCUUCAAAGCAAGGUAUUGUACAUAAACCGGAGGUGCCGAGUGCAGACAAGAAACCCCUUCCCAACCGGCCAGAGGAUAAAGUUGACAAACCGAUGCCAGAAAAGCACUUGAAGCCAGCGCCGCUCCCCCCGCCCAAACCCACAGCCCCCGGGAAAGGCCGCCCCGUGAGCCAUCCGCCCAAACGGCCUGAGAAGCCCCUGGCCCCCUCCGCCAGCCUCAGGCACAAUGGAGAUCUGCCUUCCACUCGUUCAAAGCCAGAGCCUGAGCCAUUACCUCAGUUGCCCGUGUCCAAACCCAGGGUUCCGGUGCCAGAGGCCACAGAAAAGCCCACAGACCUAGAGGCAGCUACUUUCCACAUUUUCACAGACAACAUGGUUUCUCUCCAGUGUGGUCCUCUGAUUGAUUUUUGGAGGGGGGGGGGGGCGGGGGGGGGGGGGGGGGGGGGGGGGGGGGGGGGAGGGGGGGGGGGGGGGGGGGGGGGGGGGGGGGGGGGGGGGGGGGGGGGGGGGGGGGGGGAGUACGAUUGA